AUGGCGUCGAAAUUUUGGAGUAAUCAGGGAGAUAGUGACACUGAAGAUGAAGUUACUGAUUCAGAACAGGAUGAUGUUAACGAGGGGCAAGAAGCUGCUAUCAGUGCCCCUGGCGCUAACAAAUAUCUUGACAAUAGUGAUAGUGAUAGUGAAGACGGAGAUAGUCAUAAGCGUGUUAUCAAAUCUGCAAAGGACAAACGGUUUGAGGAGUUGUCUGCAACUAUUGAUCAGAUGAAGAAUGCAAUGAAGAUUAACGACUGGGUGAGUCUUCAAGAGAGCUUCGACAAGAUCAACAGGCAGCUAGAAAAAGUCAUGAGAGUUACAGAAUCUGAUAAGGUCCCUAACAACUAUGUCAAAGCUUUAGUCAUGUUAGAAGACUUCUUGAAUCAAGCCAUGGCUAACAAGGAGGCAAAGAAGAAGAUGAGUAGUAGCAACGCCAAGGCUUUGAAUUCAAUGAAGCAGAAACUUAAGAAGAACAAUAAGCAGUAUGAGGAGUUGAUUAAUAAGUGUAGAGAGACACCCGAAAGCUUUGAAGAUCAAGAGGAUGUAGAAGAUGUGUCUGAGGAAGAAGAUGAAGAUGAAUCCGGUUCUGAGAUUGAUGACCCAACAAAUGCAGAAUCAGAAUCAGAAUCUGGGGACGAUGAAGAUGAAGAAGAGGAAGAAGAUGAACCUGGUUGGGAGAAAAAGAUGAAUAAGAAAGAUAAGUUAAUGGAGAAACAGUUCAAAGAUCCAAACCAAGUCACUUGGGAUACAGUCAACAAAAAGUUUAAAGAAAUCGUUGCAGCUCGUGGAAGAAAAGGAACAGGAAGACUCGAACUUGUUGAGCAGUUGACUUUCUUGACCAGGGUAGCUAAAACCCCUGCACAAAAGCUUGAAAUCCUAUUCAGUGUUGUAUCUGCACAAUUCGAUGUCAACCCAGGUUUGAGUGGACACAUGCCAAUAAAUGUAUGGAAGAAAUGUGUCCAAAAUCUUCUAGUAAACCUCGAUAUUCUAGCUCAAUAUCCAAACAUUCUAGUUGAUGAUUCAGUUGAACCUGAAGAAAACGAGACCCAAAAAGGAACAGACUUUGAUGGGACUAUUCGUAUAUGGGGUAACCUUGCAGCCUUUCUUGAAAAAGUAGAUGUUGAAUUCUUUAAAAGCUUACAAUGCAUUGAUCCACAUACACGUGAGUAUGUUGAAAGACUCCAAGAUGAGCCUUUGUUUUUUGUUCUUGCUCAAAACAUUGGUGAGUAUUUAGAACGUGUUGGGGAUCACAAAGCUUCAGCUAAAGUAGGAUUAAGAGUUGUUGAACUUGUUUAUUACAAACCACAAGAAGUAUAUGAUGCUAUGCGAAAACUCUCCGAACAAGAUUUAGAGAAUGAAGAACCAAAAGCUAUGGGUCAGGGUCCAAUUUCAUUUGUGAGAACUCCUGAAAUUGUGUCAAGAAAGCCGAGUUUUCCUGAAAGUAGUAGGGAAUUGAUGGAUUCAUGUGUUUCUCAUAUUUAUAAACAUGGAGAUGAAAGGACGAAAGCGCGUGCGAUGUUAUGUGAUAUUUACCAUCAUGCCAUUUUGGAUGAGUUUUCAAUUGCAAGAGAUUUGUUGCUUAUGAGUCACUUGCAGGAUAAUGUUCAACACAUGGAUAUUUCAACUCAGAUAUUGUUUAAUAGAUCCAUGGCUCAACUUGGGCUUUGUGCAUUUAGAGCUGGACUUAUUGCUGAAGGGCAUGGAUGUCUUUCUGAAUUGUACUCUGGUGGGAGAGUCAAAGAAUUGCUUGCUCAAGGUGUCUCUCAAAGUCGCUAUCAUGAGAAGACUCCUGAACAGGAACGUCUUGAAAGGAGAAGACAGAUGCCAUACCACAUGCACAUCAACCUGGAGCUUCUAGAAGCCGUGCACUUAAUCUGCGCGAUGCUUCUAGAAGUCCCAAACAUGGCGGCCAACACCCACGACGCCCGCCGGAAAGUCAUAAGCAAAACCCUCCGCCGCCUGCUGGAAGUCAGCGAGCGGCAGACAUUCACCGGACCACCAGAAAACGUGCGGGACCACGUCAUGGCAGCCACACGGGCCCUCACAAAAGGCGACUUCCAAAAAUCAUUUGAUGUCAUCAACUCCCUUGAUGUCUGGCGGCUCCUUAAAAACCGCAAAAACGUUCUAGAAAUGUUACAAGACAAAAUCAAAGAAGAAGCUUUACGGACGUAUCUUUUCACCUACUCUUCGUGUUAUGAAACCCUAAAACUUGACCAGCUAUCGGAGAUGUUUGACCUUUCGAGUGGUCAAACUCGUUGUACAGUCAGCAAAAUGAUGAUUAACGAUGAGCUGCGUGCCAGCUGGGAUCAGCCGAGUGAGUGUAUUGUGUUCCAUGAGGUGGAUCAUAGUAGGGUUCAGGGUUUGGCGUUUCAGUUUAUUGAGAAGGUGGCGGUGUUGGCGGAGAGUAACGAGAGGGCGGUGGAGGUGAGGUUGGGUGGCGGUGGGUUGGAGGGUUUGCCGGCGAGGAGGCGGGAGGGGCAGGACUAUGUGGCGGUUGCUGGUGGUGCUAAGUGGGAAGGGAAUGUGGGGUAUGGUGGAAGGGCGGGGUAUGGCGGUGGUGGGAGGGUGUUUGGGCCGGGACAGGGGUAUCAAAGGAAUCAAUCGAGAGGUGGGAGUGGGUAUCAGGGGUCAAGGUAUAAUGAUGGUGGUUAUGGUGGGGGAGGGGGGCGCAGUUCGGUGGUUAGAGGUGGUCAGAUGGAUGGGUCUACUCGUAUGGUGAGUCUGAAUAGGGGCAUUCGUGCUUAA